CACAAUCCCCCACCAACAUGCCCCCAAAAGUCUCGGCCCGCCAGCCAGCCCUGCGCGCCUGCCUCGUCUGCUCGGUCCUCCAGCCCCUCAAGGACUUUAUCGACUCGGGCUGCCCGAACUGCGAGAACAUUGUGCAGAUGCAAGGCAGCCACGAGCGCGUGUCAGAGUGCACGAGCACAAUCUACGACGGCAUGAUCGCCAUGUUGGAGCCCGAGGAGAGCUGGGUCGCGCGCUGGCAGCGGAUAGACAAGAAGAAGCGUGGCCUGUACGCUGUGCGCGUCACUGGUCGCCCACCACAGGACGUGAUCGACGCGAUCGAGGCCCAGGGCGGUGUCUACCGUUCUCGUGACGCGGUCGAGGAGCUCUAAGCGGCUGCCGAGCUGCUGUAGGCAGCGAGGCGGCAGCGAGCCUGCCAGGGCACGACGAUACCAUCGGCAAUGGUUCCAGCCUCCGCCGAAGGUUCACUGCACCCUCACCCUUCGCCUCACUUUCAGAUCUCCCUCAUUUUCCUGGUCACCCUCCCCUCGCACAUAGCGACCAGCACAGUCAUG